UCAUACCCAGAAUGCAAAGUGGGACGCCGAAACCCCAGCAGCAGCAGCAGCAGCAGCCUCAAGCUUUUCAGGUUAUCAUGGCGAUUAAAUACACAUCUUCCCCUUGAACCUCCGCAGCAACAAAGGAUUUCUUCCUCCGCUACAUGAAAACACUCACCGAGUCUCAGGCAGCGCGGAGACCUGCCGGAGUUUUAGCCCAGAUUGGAGAAAGGACAUAGCGAGUGACCGUCAUGGCAGCGUCAGAGCUGUACACAAAGUGUGCUCGGGUGUGGAUCCCCGAUGCAGAGGAGGUGUGGAAGUCUGCUGAGCUGACGAAGGACUACAAAAAUGGCGACGCUUCCCUGCAGCUCAUGUUGGAGGAUGGAACGAGCAUCGAACACACACUGGACCCCAAGACGAAGAACCUGCCUUACCUGCGAAACCCCGACAUCCUUGUGGGCGAAAAUGACCUUACGGCACUCAGCUACCUCCAUGAGCCGGCCGUGCUCCACAAUCUCAAAGUCCGCUUCGUCGACUCCAAACUCAUCUACACUUAUUGCGGAAUCGUUCUGGUGGCCAUCAACCCGUAUGAGACACUGCCGAUCUACGGAACAGACAUCAUCAAUGCCUACAGUGGUCAAAAUAUGGGAGACAUGGACCCACACAUCUUUGCCGUAGCAGAGGAGGCUUACAAACAGAUGGCCAGGGAUGAGAGGAACCAGUCGAUCAUUGUGAGUGGGGAGUCCGGAGCAGGAAAGACGGUAUCAGCCAAAUACGCCAUGAGAUACUUUGCUACGGUCAGCGGCUCCGCCAGCGAGGCUAACGUAGAGGAGAAAGUCUUGGCUUCCAACCCGAUCAUGGAGGCCAUUGGAAAUGCAAAGACCACUCGAAAUGACAACAGCAGUCGCUUUGGGAAAUACAUUGAGAUUGGCUUCGACACCCGCUUCCGUAUCAUCGGCGCCAACAUGAGAACAUAUCUGCUGGAGAAAUCACGAGUGGUGUUUCAGGCUGACGAGGAAAGGAAUUAUCAUAUCUUCUAUCAGCUCUGUGCUUCAUCCCAUCUGCCUGAGUUCAAGAAUCUGAAGCUGAGCAGCGCGAACGACUUCUUGUACACCAGGCAGGGCCGCAGCCCCGUUAUCGGCGGGGUGGACGACACCAAAGAGCUUAGCACCACUCGCAAUGCCUUCACAUUGCUCGGUAUUAAUGAGUCCUAUCAGAUGGGAUUGUUCCAGGUUUUGGCUGCUAUUCUUCAUCUGGGAAAUGUGGAGAUAAAGGACAGAGACUCGGACAGCAGCGUAAUUCCUCCCAACAAUCGCCACCUGACGGCAUUCUGCGAGUUGGUAGGCGUGACCUACCAGGACAUGUCUCAGUGGCUGUGCCACAGGAAGCUGAAGACGGCCACAGAGACGUACGUCAAGCCCCUUCCCCGCCUGCAGGCCACCAACGCCCGCGAUGCACUCUCCAAACAUAUCUACGCCAAGCUCUUCAACUGGAUUGUUGAGCACGUUAACAAAGCCCUCAUCACCAAUGUCAAACAGCACUCCUUCAUUGGGGUCCUCGACAUCUACGGGUUUGAGACAUUUGAGAUCAACAGCUUUGAGCAGUUCUGUAUCAACUACGCUAAUGAGAAACUCCAGCAGCAGUUCAACAUGCAUGUGUUCAAGCUGGAGCAAGAGGAGUACAUGAAGGAGCAGAUCCCGUGGACUCUGAUUGACUUCUACGACAACCAGCCCUGCAUCAACCUCAUAGAAGCCAAGAUGGGCAUCCUGGACCUGUUGGACGAGGAGUGCAAGAUGCCUAAAGGUUCAGAUGAUUCAUGGGCUCAGAAACUCUACAACACCCACCUAAAGACCAGCUCGCUCUUCGAGAAGCCACGCAUGUCCAACCGCGCCUUCAUCAUCAAACAUUUUGCUGACAAGGUGGAAUACCAGUGUGAUGGUUUCCUGGAGAAGAACAAGGACACAGUGAAUGAAGAACAGAUCAACGUGCUGAAGGCCAGCAAGUUUGAGCUGCUGAUGGAGCUGUUCCAUGAUGGGGAGAAAGCUAUUAGCCCCACCGGCCAGGUCCAAGGAACCGGGGGCCGGACCCGGCUCAGCAUCAAGCCUGACAAGAGCAGAGACAGCAAGAGCAAGGAGCACAAGAAGACUGUCGGCUGUCAGUUCCGUAACUCUCUGCAAAUGCUGAUGGAGACUUUAAACGCAACCACUCCACACUAUGUACGCUGCAUCAAACCCAAUGACUUCAAGAUGGCCUUCACGUUUGAUCCCAAACGUGCAGUGCAGCAGCUCAGAGCCUGUGGUGUCCUGGAAACCAUCCGCAUCUCCGCUGCAGGUUUCCCAUCCAGAUGGACGUACCAGGAGUUCUUUAGCCGUUACAGAGUGCUGAUGAAGCAGAAGGACGUGUUACCUGACAAGAAGUUGACCUGCAAGAACGUUCUGGAGAAACUAGUUCAGGACCAGGAUAAAUACCAGUUUGGUAAGACCAAGAUCUUCUUCAGGGCCGGCCAGGUUGCCUACCUUGAGAAGUUGAGGGCGGACAAGUUACGUGCUGCCUGCAUUCGCAUCCAGAAAACCAUCCGCUGCUGGCUGGCGCGUAAAAAGUAUCUGCGCAAGCGCAGUGCGGCCAUCACCAUCCAGAGGUUCACCAGAGGAUACCAGGCUCGCUGCCUGGCCAAGUUCAUGCGUCGCACUCAGGCCGCCACCGUCAUCCAGAAGUAUCGGAGGAUGUACGUGGAGAAGAAACGCUACAGGCAGAAGCAGGCUGCUGCCCUGGCUAUGCAGACCAUCCUCAGAGCUUACAUGGCCCGGCAGAAGUACCAGGCGCUGCUGCGGGAGCACAAGGCGGUGAUAAUUCAGAGGCACGUUCGCGGCUGGUUGGCUCGCUGCUGGUACAAGCGCUGCCUCGUCUCCAUCGUCGUCCUGCAGUGCUGCAUCCGCAGGAUGAGGGCCAGACGCGAGUUAAAGAAGCUGAAGAUCGAGGCUCGCUCAGUAGAGCACUUCAAGAAGCUCAACAAAGGCAUGGAGAACAAGAUCAUGCAGCUGCAGAGGAGAAUCGACGAGCAGAGCAAGGAAAACCGGUCUGUCAACGAGAAGCUAGUUGGUCUAGAGAAUUCCUACACAGCAGAAAGCGAGCGGAUGCGUGGCGAGUUGAACCGGCUACGUGGCGUGGAGGAAGAGGCCAAGAAGAAAACCAACCAGGUGACCUCACUGCUGGAGGAGCUGGAGAAGCUGAGGAAGGAGUUGAGUGCCACACAGCAGGAGAAGAAGACCAUAGAGGACUGGGCACAAACCUACAGGAACGAAAUGGAGAAGAUGGUCUCAGAGCUGAAGGAGCAGAAUGGCUCGCUGAAGAAAGACAAGGACGACUUGAACAGGAUGAUUCAGGAACAGAGUCAGCAGAUGACAGAGAAAAUGGUGCGUUCGAUUGCACAGGAGACUCAGCAGUUGGAGACAGAUCUGAACGAGGAGCGAUCUCGCUACCAGAAUCUCCUGACCGAACACCUUCGCCUCGAAGAGAAAUACGACGACUUGAAGGAAGCGAUGGUUUCAUCGAACGUCUCCAAGCCUGGCCACAGGAGAACAGAUUCUACCCACAGCAGCAACGAAUCAGAGUACACCUACAACUCAGAGUACGCCGAAUUGGAAGAAGGUUCCCGUGCUGCCGAAGAUGUUACACGAGGAAUGGACACCUCGCUGACCCUCAAGCUGCAAAAACGUCUCACAGAACUGGAGCAAGAAAAGCAAUCGCUGCGCAACGAGCUGGAAAACAAAGAGGACCAGUUCCAGCGGGCUAGAGCCAGGGAUGACGCAGAGUUUAAAAAGGCUCGCGGUGCGGAGCUGGAGUACGAGUCCCUGAAGCGUCAAGAGUUGGAGUCAGAAAACAAGAAGCUGAAACAUAACCUGGCGGAGAUGAGGCAAAGCCUGCUGGGUGACGCAGCUGCAGGCGCCGGGGCCCCAGGCUCCCCGGCUUACAAGGUGCUCCUGGAGCAGCUCAACGCCUCCUGUGAGGAGCUGGACGUCCGUAAGGAGGAGGUGCUGAUCCUGCGCUCCCAGCUGGUCAGCCAGAAGGAAGCCAUGCACCACAAGGAGACCAUGACUGAGCCAUCUGUCUAUGCUGAGGAUGUGUCCAAAUUGAAGGAUGCUGACGAACUCAAGCAAGCUUGCAUAGGCCUGAAAGACACCAACAGAUCUCCUAGGUUCAUGCGUAAGCCGCUGGAAGUCAGUGAUCUCCUGAGUAGGCUGAGAUCUGCCGCUCCAGACUUCCAUAAGCUGAAUGAGGACGGAGAGCUGUGGCUGGUUAAUCAGGGCUUAAAGGAAACCAUCAGGUUACUGGAGCACCAGCUGCAGACUCAGCGGAGAACUUAUGAUAACGAAGUGGAGUCGUUGCGCAGCGAGCUGCAGAACGUGAAGGAGGAGAACAACCGUCAGCAGCAGCUCUUGGCCCAAAACCUCCAGCUACCUCCAGAGGCCCGAAUCGAAGCCAGUCUGCAGCACGAGAUCACCCGGCUCACCAACGAGAACCUGGAACUCUUGGCUGAAGACCCCACAGCGUCCCGAGAGGCUCGAGUCAUCAUUUUACGACGGAUGGUUGAUCUAAUGGAACAGCUGGAGAAGCAGGACCGAACCAUCCGCAAGCUCAAGAAGCAGCUGAAGGUUUACUCCAAGAGAAUUGGAGAGAUGGGAGCGGGUCAAACCGAGGGCCAGACGUCUCCGGGACAGAUGGUGGAUGAGCCGAUUCACCCUGUGAACAUUCCACGCAGGGAGAAAGAUUUCCAAGGGAUGCUGGAGUACAAGAAGGAGGAUGAGCUGAAACUGGUCAAGAACCUCAUCCUGGAGCUGAAGCCUCGCGGUGUAGCCGUGAAUCUGAUCCCAGGUCUGCCAGCCUACAUUCUGUUCAUGUGUCUGAGACACGCAGACUAUGUCAACGAUGACCAGAAGGUCCGCACUCUGCUCACCUCAACCAUCAACAGUAUUAAGAAGAUCUUAAAGAAACGAGGAGAUGACUUUGAGACAGUUUCCUUCUGGCUGGCGAACACCUGCCGCUUCUUACACUGUCUGAAACAAUACAGCGGAGACGAGGCCUUCAUGAAGCACAACACGCAGAGGCAGAAUGAACACUGUUUGUCCAACUUCGACCUGGCAGAGUACAGACAGGUGAUCAGUGACCUGGCCAUCCAGAUCUACCAGCAGCUGAUCAAAUGCAUGGAGAACAUCCUCCAGCCCAUGAUAGUCUCUGGCAUGCUGGAGCACGAGACCAUCCAGGGCGUGUCGGGGGUGAAGCCAACGGGUCUCCGUAAGCGGACGUCUAGCAUCGCCGACGAGGGCACCUACACCCUGGACUCCAUCCUGCGGCAGCUCAGCGCCUUCCACUCCACCAUGUGCCAGCACGGCACCGACCCCGAGCUCAUCAAGCAGGUGGUGAAGCAACAGUUCUACAUUAUCGGAGCCGUCACCCUCAACAACCUGCUGCUGCGCAAGGACAUGUGCUCCUGGAGCAAAGGCAUGCAGAUCAGGUACAAUGUGAGCCAGCUGGAGGAGUGGCUCAGGGACAAAGGUCUGAUGACAUGUGGAGCCAAGGAGACUCUGGAGCCUCUGAUCCAGGCGGCUCAGCUGCUGCAGGUGAAGAAAAAGACUGAUGAGGACGCUGAGGCCAUCUGCUCCAUGUGCCUGGCCCUGACCACUGCUCAGAUCGUGAAGGUCCUGAACCUCUACACUCCAGUCAACGAGUUUGAGGAGAGAGUGUCAGUCGCAUUCAUACGAACCAUACAGACUCGCUUGCGAGACCGCUGUGAGAGUCCCCAGUUGUUGAUGGACACGAAGAUGAUUUAUCCGGUCACUUUCCCUUUCAGCCCUUCCUCCCUCGCCCUGGAAACCAUCCAGAUCCCCGGCUCCCUGAACCUGGCAUUCCUCACCCGUGUCUAAACCAAGGCCCUCAUGACCCUCACUGGCCUAAAAAGACUUUUUUCCCCCCAUACACAAGCAUCACAGGAGAAGUAAACACAAAAUGAAUACAAUUUGAGCUAUCAUGUCUAAAAAAUGUAUUUAAAUGUCUCAAAGAGCCGUUAAUGUUGAACACCCAAUUCAGACCGUACUUAUUUCUCUUAAGAUAUCCCUGGUCUGAACAUGAAAAAUUAUACACAGAAACACAUGCUGAACUGUCAACAUGCAUCUGUACAAUACGUUCAACCUCUGAACGUACACAUGCACGCCUACAUGUGCACCUUCUCUCUUACAAAACGCACAAAUGCACCCCAACACCCACAGUCAUCCCGCUGGUUAAAAUCUGGCUGUAAAACGCCAUCGUUCCAUCCACUGCUUGUAUAAACGCCUGCCUCUUAGAGAAGCCACAGGACCAGAUCAAUGCCUCCAGUACACACCUGGGUCUGUCUUAGUGGUCUCGGACCCAGGUCACCCCCCAGCUCCCUCUGUGUUUCAACUAGUUGUUAAGAGAGUUCUUCUCGUCAUCGUCUCGUUCUCCAGUGAGAAUGUACGUACCGUACACGAGGCCCAGAGGUGCUGAGACCUCACAAAGAGGAAUAACUUGAUAAGAUGUAGUCUUGCUUGAUAUGUUGGGUCUCUAUUUGAUAGGCAAAGUGAAUUUUGAGUCCCAGUACGAAAUGAUAAAUGAUAGAUGAGUGAUAAAGUUAGCUCUCUCCACCCCAUGUUGAGGUAACCUGGACCAGGCUUCGUUCUGUAUGUUGUCAUUUUACUCUCUGAACACAGUCAAGCCAAGACAGAACUCAUCGUCUGUACUAUAUUAUUUAUACAUAUAUAAAUAUAUAUAAAUAUUCAUAAUAUGUAUUUUAUUUAUUGCAUUCACCUCCCUCCUCACCCUUCCCUUUUUAAGAUUAGAAGCUUUCUCUCUGCAGAACACAUGUCCGAUUUGAAGGAUGGGACCAUCAUUUCCCAAGAUGAACAGCUUUGUGGGGACAGUUUUUAGUUUUAGUUCCAUUGUACGCUAUUUAUGCCAAUAUCAGGUAAAAGAUGUAGUAUAGUUUAAAGGAGUGUCGGCACAGGUUAUCUGUUAGGCCGCGUCUUAACGUAGAGAUGUCGCUUUAUCAUGUUUGUCCUGCAUUUCUGGCAGAUGAAGUGUAGCACGGAUUUUGACUGAGGAGAGAUUUAGAAGGUGCGAAGGUUCAAACUCUGGCCAAGGGUUUGAGCUGCUACAAUCGAUACUGUUUACAGCUGUGACCAGAGCUGAGCGUCAUGGGAAACACUGGCACAAAGAUAUUUACUCGUGCGUGCGCACACACACACACACACACACACACACACACACACAUUACGCUCUGGUUACCGCUGUGUCGCUGGGAUUUUUGCACUCCGAGAGCUUUCUUCCCUCUACUUGUCUUCUCUGGUCACAGCUCUAGUCAGAGUUUUGAAAAUGUUUUACUAUUAUCAUUGUGGAAUUAUUUAUUUCAGUAUUGUCAUUUUCUUGAGUAUCAGAGUUAUGCAUAUCGUAAAGCCAUGUAUCACUGAGCAGAAGGUGUGAAAUUGGUUUUGGAGAGUUUGCCUCAAAUCUGUCCAGCUUUACAAUGUUUUCUGACUUAUUCCCACACUGACACUUACUGCAGCUUUGUGGACCGAGUCCUCUCAUCGCCACUCCUUCCAUCUCCACCCUAUGCCUUCCCGUUUCAUGGCAGAGAAAGAACAACAUGGGCUUUUGUUACUAAAAACAACAGAAUAUGAAUAUGUGGAACGUUUGCGCUUUUUCCGUGUCUCAUCUGCACCGUAGGGGUUGAAGUUCAGGGUUACUGACAGAAAUAUAUUUGUAUCCUUUCUGUUUGGUGCUCAGGUUGUUUUAGUUCAGAUAUACAGACAUAUUUGGUACUUGCUUUAAAAGGCUGAGGGUGACAUCACACCACACCUGUUACUCUGUCAGUAAGGCUACAGUGUGGUAAAAAACCUGCACAGCAUGCACCGCUGCUGCUGCCUUCAUCUAACCUGCAUGAGCUUAGCUUUAUCUGCAUUACCAGUUACCAGAAAUUAACCCGCAUGCUGUUGUUUUAGGGGUUUUUUUUGUACAGAGAAACCUCGGUGUAGUUGAGAGUCGAUGGAUGAGUGUCAGGGAAUCUGCCCAUGUUGUAACAAAAAGUCCUUGUCUGUUCACAUUAUCCUCGCUGCCUCCUGUUUUGCACUUUUGCUUGUUCACUUCCUGCUGUGCCAUUAGUAUUAACAGUCAACCAGAUUUGCCUCUCGCCCUCACAUGAACCUUAUUUUUGCCUCAUGUUAACUUACCCUUUCAUAUGGAUAUUUUGCUUUGAUUGAAUAUUUUCUUUUUGUAAGGUGCUUAAAUAUAUAGGAGAUUGUGAACGGUCACCAAAACUGGACUCGGUACCUUUUUGUUUUGAUUUAACGUUUUAUGAAAUCUAAAAAUGUUUCUUACAAAGCAGCCAACCAACUGAAGAAGCUUAGAUCAAACUGUUUUACAGCAGUGAGAGCCGGGGGUUAAUAUCAGUGAGUGAACUGGUAAUGAUACAAAUAUUUUACCAAGGUAUCUCAUUAAAUGCCACCCUCACUCUUACAGGAACAAACUGCAGACAAAAACAAAUUGUAAGUGGAGUAAAAAGAAUUUCGUAUGUGAAGUCAUUUUGUGUUGCACUUGUAUUUGGAAAGAAUUUGAUAUCCAUACGCUCUCAUCGGGACCACGUUAUCAGUCUGCUUUUUGUUAUAUAUUUUGGAUUAAUUGCUAGUUUAGAGUAUUGGUUGUGUAAAGAAUACAUAUCUGCAGGUUGUAGCGAGAAGGAUGGUAACUGAUGGAAAUAAUUAACCAUAUGAAUGUUUAAAAUUGUUAAUGAAGUGUAUCAUGAUUUUAGCUGCACAUUGUGGACAAUGCCUUAUCUGAAUUAAUUGCUAUCUGAAUGACUUAACAUGAUCAACAUUGUGGCAUUGUUUUGUUCUGUCAGUGCCCCCUACCCCCCCCUUAAAAAUGGAUAUAAAUUGUUAAAUGUGAUCAUUUUUAUUUUGAUAAGGUGUCCUUUUGUCCUAUAGUCGGUGUCACAGAUGGGUUGCACUGGUUAGCCUUCAGUCAAAAUGCACUUUUAAGAUAUUGCUUAGGAAGUCAGAUGAAUAAUAGAUGGGUAUGGACUGAAAUACUUCACAUUAGAGAGCCUUUCUUCCUUUGAUUCCCACCACCUCUUUACUGAACUGUGGCCCAUAAAGCUUCCUCUACCACAUUCCCUGUGUGAGUGGGCUCUUCACUUUCUUAAUCAGUUUACUAUCAAUCAGUAGCCACAGGUGAGAAGACACAUCCUUGUGAAUUUCAUGGAUGCAGCACCAGCCGGCUCAGAGUCAGUCAGACUAUCCUUGUGGACUGAUGUAUUGAGAGUGCAGAGUGGGAAGGCUGGCCUUGUUUUAGAGGGGGAAAAAAAUACGUUCAUUCAUUGAUAUUGAGCAGAGGUGCGGCGCCUUGUUCCCCUGGGCUUCUCUUGGGCUCUCAGACAGAAGAAAAUGUCAUUCCUUCACGCUGCGUUUUUACAUAAAGGAGAGAGUUGGUUGUAUGAUAUGACGUAGACAUUAUAAAUAACCAUUGUUCUUAUCAGCACUAGCGUUGAUUGUGCCAUUUUAAAAACAAAAAGAUAUCUCAUCAUCACCCCAGCUAUUUGUGGUACUGGUGUGAACAUGCUGAAGCCAGUACCAAAUGUUUCCUCUCUGACCCAUGUUGUACAUUUGACAAACUGGACUGUUUGUAGUUUCUGGUAGCUGUGCUUAGUGAAUGUGUUCACCGUUAAGAAACUAAGAAACUUGGAAUAAAAUGUCAAAUCUGUAAAAGUAAAAUAAAAGAAUUAAGCACUGUCA